CUCUGCGCCUCUCCCUCCCUCCCUGGGCCAGACGCGCUGUCCGGCUCGGGGCGGCGGCUGUGCGGGAAUUGGGAGAGCGGAUGGCCCGAGCGAGCGGACGGAGCCGGGGACGGGCAGCGACAGAAGCGGCGGUGAUGAUGAUGGUGAUGAGGUUCGGCGGCCGCUGAGAGGAGGCGGCGGCGCCGUUAAGCCGCUGCCCGGGGCCGCAUGAGGCAGAGCUGCCGCGGAGCCGGAGCCGAGGCGGAGAGGGAGAGCGGGCGGCGGCCGGUCGCGGCCCUCAACAUGCUGAGCGCACACAUCCUGCACCCGGAGUACAUGCAGCCCGUCCCCGCCACUCCGCUCAGUCCCAUCGAGCUGGAUGCCAAGAAGAGCCCCCUGGCCCUGCUAGCACAGACCUGUUCUCAGAUCGGUAAGCCUGAUCUACAGCCCUCCAGCAAGCUGGGGUUGGGGGUGUCCGGAGGGAAGGAGUCACCCCGUCCCCUCUCCUGCCUGAAGCUGGGUGAGACGGCAGGCGAGGACAAGUCCAGCUUCAAGCCCUACGCCAAGGUGGGCGACUCGCAGAAGGAGGGGGUCGACAAGGCCGGGUUUCGGGCGCCCGGAGUGACGGGCCAGACCUUCCCUUCCCCCCGCCCCCCCUCUCUACCUGCCGGCCCCGGCACCUCGCCCCCCCCGCACGGAGACUGCAAGGCUGGGGAUCUGGAGGACAAGACUGAUGUGGAGGGCAAGGCUUGCCGUCAGCUCUCACCCCCGGCCCCCGUUGGCAGCAGAGCCGGCAGUGAACACAGAGACACGCCGACCAAGAACGACGGCCUGGCACUCGGACACGUGGCACCCGUCUCUCCCUACAAGCCGGGCCACCCCGUCUACCCAUUGCCACCCUCCAGUAUGGGGUACCACAACUCCAUGGUGGGAGCCUACACCGCAGCCUACCCUGGUCAGUACGUAUCUGCGAUGGAGCCCAAGCCGGGGUUGGUGAGCGGGCAGAUGGGAGGAGUGGGCAAGUCGGCAAACUCCAGCCCGCUGAUGGGGGCAUCCCCACCCUCCUUCGUGCAUGGACUGUGCCGGGACCCGUACUGCCUGAGCUACCACUGUUCCCCCACUCUGGGGGGCAGCGGAUGUGCCUCCUGCCUCCACGAACCCAACGCGCUGAAGAAUGGAUACCCGCUGGUGUACCCGCCCCACCCGCUGCAGUCGGCGCCCGGACUGGGCACCCACCCCCUCUACACAUACGGCUUCAUGCUGCACAGCGACCCCAGGCCCCACGUCUGUAACUGGGUGUCUGCGGCCGGACCCUGCGACAAGAGGUUCUCCACCUCCGACGACCUGCUGGGGCACCUGCGUUACCACACCGCGCUGCCCGGCGCCGACAAGCUGCUGGCUCACUACGCCUCGCCCACCUCCUGCGGCCUGCACCUGCCCCAGCACUCUCCGGCCGUGUCCAGCGGCCUGGCCCUCCGCGGCCCCCACGCCCUGGCGCUGGGACGCUACCACCCCUACGGCAAGAGCCAGCUGUCCGCGCCCACUAACUCGAUGAUAACCAUGUCUGCUGCCACCCCUUACUACGCCCCUUAUGCUCUAUACGGCCAGCAGUUUGCAGCCUCUGCUUCUGCCCUGGGAUACCAGUGAAGAUGGGAGUGUCUGCAUCUCUGGGGGAGGGAGGGGCGGGCGGUGCGGGCCAGGCCAGGGUCACUGGUCACCACACCAGCUUGACCCACAGGCCAUGCAAACUCCUUGAAUGCAAUGUACAUACCAAAAGCCCCGGGUAUCUUUUUUGCAACAAGUUUUCGUUAAAUCGUUUUAUUUAAAAAUAUUUUUCUUUCUAUUUUUUGUGGGGAAAGGGGGAAAUUGAUAUGCAUGUUUUUAGUAAUCCCUCCUUCCAUUCUCAUUUGAAAUUUUUUUUUUCCUGUGCUUAUUUUUAACCCUGUACAAUGGAGAUGUAAUAUUUUUUUGUAUUGUAUUUCAACGGGGGUGAAACACGAUGGCAGGGCUAUCCGAGAUGUGGGACGUGUUAUUUUGUUAUUAAAUGAGCCUGAUUAUA